GAAACAGCAAUUUACAAAAUACCGCUCAGAUAUCGAGCUUUAACAUUACGCAUCUCAACCGAUGUACAAACACAUUAUUUUCGCGAAACAGACCUUAUUUCGUGAGCCGUAUGUGUGAGUGUUGCGCGCCUGACAAUGUCGAAAUUAUCAACGUGUGUGCUCUUACGAGAGUUCAAGACAUCGGUAAAAGGCAAGUACUUCUCGACGUACCUAUUCGUCUACGUAGAUAGAAAUCGAGAUGGUGACGACAGUACUAUACAGUGAUAGUAAUGACGAUCGGCGAUGGUGGGGUUUGGUGAAGGAUUGGAAGCAGUUUGCCUUUGCUAAGAACGGCGGUACCAUUCGUUCAGUACCGCUCACUUCGCGACGUCUAUCUCACCUUCGUAGAGAACGCGUGGUAGCAGGCUUGGGCGAACGCGGUCACCUGUUGCAUCAAUGUGUAGUCGACGCCGGCCAGUUGCGUCGGUCCCAAACACGGAGUUCGUCCGAAUGCCCGUCGAGUGAACCGCAAACAGGAAGUGAUUUAAAGGCUGCAGCUAGGCAAUUUCCAGUCGAGUUAAAAAAAAGUUGAUUGCGAAGACUCUGCAAGAAGGAACGAGCCAUAUCGUUUUCCGACGAGCCCAACCUUCAAUAAAAGAAACGUUACAUUCAAGAAAAAAUUGACAGUGCUCGAACGGCAAAAAUGUCGACUUCGCUAAAAUUAGCAGACGAUCAACGAUUUGCAUUGAUGAAAUUUAGACGAUCCGUGCAAGAUGUUCUGCAACCACACCACGAUGAUCAUUUUCUGCUUCGUUGGUUGAGAGCAAGAAAAUGGGAUCCCACUGCAGCGGAGAAAAUGUUGAGAGAUUCUCUGGAGUGGCGGAAAAAAUGGGAGGCCGAUAAUUUAUCCGAGUGGGAACCUCCCCAAGUGUUGAAGGAUUAUUUACCUUAUGGAUCAAGUGGUUUCGAUAAAGACGGCGCACCAAUUAUCAUCGUACCAUUUGCCGGCUUAGACAUGUACGGAAUAUUGCACGUAAUAACGCAGAAGGAAUUUAUCAAAUGUACGGUGAAAAUUUUGGAUCAGUAUUUGAAGUUAGCCAAUGAACAAGCCAAGCAGCACGGACAGAUCGCUAAUCAAUUAACGGUAAUUUUUGAUAUGGAGGGAUUCAACUUGAAGCAGUAUUUGUGGAAACCAGCUGGCGAAUUGGUCAUCAUACUUAUUCAAAUGUACGAAGCGAAUUAUCCAGAAAUUCUAAAAAUGUGCUUUAUUAUUAACGCGCCCAGAAUUUUCGCUUUAGCAUUCUCUGUAACAAAAAAAUUUAUGAAUGAAUAUACAAUAUCGAAGAUAAACAUAUAUAAAGCCGAUCCACGGAAAUGGCAAGAAGCUAUAUUUAAGAGCAUAUCGAAAAACCAACUACCCGCUCAUUUUGGUGGCACGUUAACGGACUCAGACGGCAACCCAAAAUUCACCACCAAAAUUUGCCAAGGUGGUAAAAUACCAAAAGAUAUGUAUGCCAAUAAUACGGAUAAGCUAAGUGAGGAACAUACUACUGUGAUUGUUCGAAAAGGUGGAAAAAUCGAAUUUGACGUCACUGCGUCGGAAGCGGGCUCGAUUUUAAGCUGGGAAUUCCGAAGCGAGGAUCACGAUAUAAAAUUCGGAAUCUUAAAAAAAGACACGACAAAUGGCAUGAAAACAGAAGUUGUACCCAUCAAACGAGUUGCGUCCCAUCAGUCGGAAGAAAUCGGCAUAUUAAAUUGCGAAGUUCCAGCGACUUAUUCUGUUGUUUUUGACAAUACUUACAGCUUUCUGAAGAAUAAGAAAAUUCAUUAUUCAGUACGUAUUUUGCCACCUCCCGGAAAGUUAGAGGCAUCAGCAUCUGUCGUAUAGUAAAACGAGUUUUAUUAGGAAAAUAUAGCUAUAGCAGUUUCUAAGACAUACGUUGUUUUCUACUCAUAUCAAAUGUAAUACACGCGAAUUAGAUAAGAUAAAGUUCUCGGUGGAUAUGUAACUUCUAUAUAUAUUUGAUAGUAAAUCCAAGUAAAAAUAUAUUUUUUAGGAACACUCGAAUAACAUUCGUACAAGACUUAGUUAAAUGUGUGUUAUUAAUUAUAUCUGCUUUCUUGUUUAAAGUUUACAACUAUUACAGUUGUCGAAACCGUAUUUCGACAAAUGCUCACGUAUUAAAUGUUAUUAUUGCAAUUACAAUAUGAGUGUAAAUGU